CCAGAGAAUAUUUGUUUGUUUCACGUGAUGAGACUCGUCCGAACGCGGGCUAUACGACGCCGUUUGGUGAGCUGCCGCGAAGCUUCUCCCUCCCUCCGACGCAAUUUCCCCCAUUCUUUCUUCAAGUCUACCGAUAACCUAAAUCUUCAGAGAGAGCCAGAUCCAUCGCUAAUCGAAGCUUUCUUCUGGAUCCAAUCAUCCCUGUAGUUCGAGUUUUGAUGGUUCCUUUUCUCAUUGCUUAGGGUUUAGCAACCUUGAAGGACAGAGAAAGAGAGAGAUUGCGAGGACCAGAUCAGGUAAUUAUUCAAGCAUAGACGAUCUGCAUUUCGUGUAAAUAGGUAGACCUAGAGAUUAUCGAUGGCUGGAAUGCUUCCCGGCGUUGAAUGUGCGCGGAGGCGGCGGUUCCACCCGAGCGGAGAAUGCUCGGAUCUGUCGAGCUCGCCGGCGCUUGGCUCCUCGAGGCGUUCUUCUUUCUGUUUGUACGUGAGCAGCCAUGAAUCGGUUCUUGGCGAAUCGUUUUCGCUGCAGCGAAGCAGCGUGAAGAACCAAGCAAAUACAGAUGACUGUGAGGAUGGGAAGCUUGGAGGCGCGGCUAGAGAAGCCAAAGAGAGGUUAGACGGGAGGCUCAGAGCUGCGAGGAAACUAGUAACCAAAAGGGGCUCAGAGUCAAAAGAAAUCAGAACCAGGAUGGCAAGGAUGAGUUGGAAAUGGAGGUGUUGGGAUCAACGAAGAGGAGAGAGGAGGCGAGGUUGAUGAUGAGGUGGGCAAGAAAGUGUUUUAUAUGUGCAUUUUCUUAUUUCCCCCUUUUUCUGUUAAAAGAUUGCUGGGGCGAAAUUUCUGUGGGUCGGCUUGUUUUUUUUUAUUGGCGGUUAAAUGAUGUAGUGUUUUUCCCCUUUUCACACGGUUAUUCUGUUAGCUUGAAAGUUGAAACUCAUGUUAACAGAUUUAUUAAAACAGUAUUGUUUUAAUAAAUCUUUAAUGCUACAUUUAAGUCACAAGUUUAAACAA